AUGAGUGCUCCUCCUGUUCCGUCCUCGACAGGAUCACAAGCGCCCCAUCAAUUCGCACAGCGCACGAGUUCCGGAACUUCUGUGCCGUUUAAUGCCGCCAGAGCAGGUGCUGCCGGCAGUCCGCUUGCGCGAGAAAUUCUGCCGCCAUCGAGCAUUCCGGCACAUAUCCACAGCCCAGGUCAACGACCUGUCAAUUCGUCUCCGCUGAUAUCGCCAGUGCCGACCGACUCGACGCAGCCGCACUUUCUGCGCAAUCCAAGUACUUCGACUCCAUCGAUGGAUACCCUAUCCGACCUGGCUUCCAUGCAACAGUCGGCACGACCUACGCCACCACCAGCUAAGAAUAGCUCCAGCUCGAAUGGAUCACAUCGUCCUGGGAUGCCUGCCGAGCGGCUGUCCUUCGAUAUCAACAUGGUCGAGACGCCAAAGCAGCUCAUGAGAAGCGACUAUGCCGGUUCAUCACUUCCUCUACAAAGCCAGCAGACUCUGGCUGAACUCGUUGCCUUGGUUCGUGAGAAUUCGGCCUCGUACGAUGCUCAUACACAGAUCAUCAAGAUACUGCACCAGGGUCUCAUGGAUCAUACCUACCCACCUGAUACUCCCGAUGCACGCAACAAUCCUGCAGACUACGAUCUCCUCCCCGAACUACGUCAGGCUAGAGAAACCGCAGAUAAACUCUUCGCUGUCGGAGAGAGUCUCUGGCUAGAUUGGCUACACGCCGAGAGCAUGCUGGCACAGUCGAUCGACGCAAGAGUUGCCGUUAUGGAACUAUGCAAAAGAGCUGUCGAGGAAGAAUACGGCAGCGUCCGUCUGUGGCAGACCUACGGUGACUGGCUUCUGCAUUGCUACAACUGGGCCAACGAACCAGCUGCAAGUGCUGCCCAGAAUGAAGAAAAGAUGCUUGGUCGAGAGCUGUUCAAUGUCGACCAAGUCAUGAGCGUCUGGGAGGAUGCAGCCAGCUCGACGGGCCAUGACCUGGCACUCAGCCAUGAAGUAUGGAACAAGUUCUUGCGGACGCGAUAUCCUGACUUUGAGAGCAAGAUGGACGAGGAUAGAGCAGCUCUCGUUCUCGACCUCUUCCAAUCUCGCCUUCAAGCUCCUCACGCCCAAUGGGAAUCCACAUUCCAAGCCUUCUCGAGUUUCGUUUCUGCAAACUUCGCCCCCGACCACUACGAACAGAUCAUGGCUGGAACACUGCGAGACUCGGCGGCUGUCAAAGCUAUCUGGUCCGCGAGAGAGGUUCUUGAGGCCAACUUGCUCAGAGCCAUUGAAUCGGGCGACAAGUAUGCUGAAUACAACUGCUCUGUCGAAUACAUUGCGUGGGAGAAGAACGAACAGGUUAGGAUCUCCAGGCUUGGCAAGAAAGAUAGGCAACGAGAGCCGAUUCAAGAUGCCGCCGCAAGCGCUCGAAUGAUCAAUGCCUUGUACCAACGAAUCGAGCUGCGGCUGCCAUCCGUGCUCUCUAUCUGGGAAGAGCAUGCAGACUAUCUGGCAGAACGACAGAGCCCAGGCCUACUUGAUCUGCUUCGCCGAGCCACCAGACAUUGCCCAUGGUCCGGCAUGCUCUGGAAACGUCUCCUGCUCGCCUCGGAACUCGCCAAAGAGUCCUUCCAAGAGACUGAAGCUAUUCAACAGAGUGCCACUAGGACUGGUAUGCUCGACGCUGCAGGGACCGAGGAGCUGUUGAAGGUUCACGAGGCGUGGUGUGGCUAUCUUGUCAGAAGGACUAGAAACCAGGAUGCAUCAGAAGAAGACGACGACGUGGCCGAGAUGGGCAUUCGCACCUCGAUUGAGACUGUCCAAGGGCUUGCAGCUAAGCUCGAUGGUCAAGCUGUUGUUGAUCCUGAAUUUCGUCUGCAGCGGAAGUACAUCGAAUAUCUCAAAGGUCAGGGUCGAUUCGACAACGCAAGACAGCAGUUCGACGACGCUGUCGAGUCGUAUGGCGGAUCCUACCGUUUCUGGUUGCGCUACUAUGAAUUUGAGAUGGAAGUCGCUGAGAAUUUGCACAUCGGAAAACGCAAGCGUGAUGAUGAGGAAGAUGACGCUGAUGCGACCAAGCGGCCAAGAAACGAGGACGUUCCUGCGCACUCCGUAGAAGAGGCUGCGCAACCGAAGCGCGACAGAGAGCACGCAAGCAUUCUUGUCCAACACAUCCCCGUCAGCACUCCUGAAGCCCGUGUCCGACAAUUCUUCAGCAAAUGUGGGCAAAUCAUGGGCCUAAAAGCUGUCAAGGAGGAAGGAGAACGCAGCUUCGUUAUCGAGUUUCAGGAAGCCGACCAAGCACAAUACGCUCUAUCACGUCACGAAGUCGACUUCGAAGGCGCCACACUGUCAGUGACACUGAACACGGGCAACACGCUUUACGUGACCAACUAUCCGCCCGCCGCUGACGAGAGCUAUAUCCGCGAUCUAUUUACGCCAUACGGCGAGAUCAUCAGUGUCCGCUUUCCGUCCUUGAAAGCAAACAAGCAUCGCCGUUUCUGCUACGUCGAGUUCAAGACGUCCUCGCAAGCUCACGCAGCGCUUGAGCUCAACGGCCAGACGAGAGAUGAGCUUGAAUUGACUGUCGCAAUCUCCAAUCCUGCUAUCAAGAAGGAACGCGAGAACGCUCACUCCUCCGCCGGCGGCCGUGCGAUCUUCAUUGGACAGCUACCCUUCAAGGCAUCUGAGGCCGAAAUCGAGGAAGUCUUCAGCCAGUACGGCGAAAUAGAGAAGACUCGUAUGCCACGCGACCCUCAGGUCAAGUCCAAAAACAAAGGAAUCUGCUUCAUCACAUACGUCGAUUUGACGUCCGCAGCUGCUGCGUUAGCAAUGAACGGUCAGGACUUCCAAGGUCGGAAGCUCAAAGUCAAUAUGGCCCAGGACGACAAGCCCAACUCGGUCCGUGGCAAAUCUGCCUCGGCCUCUGCCUCUGUCAACGGCGGCCGCUCCGUCUCACCUGCUCUGAACGGCAACGCAGCGCCUUCAUCAGCACAACAGCCGAAGCCGAAGCCAACAAAAGGCGACCUAGAAGAACAACGCACCCGCACAAUCGCCCUAGCCUACCUACCCGACACGAUCAACGAAGCUCAAAUCCGCGCCCGCGCAGAAAGGAUUGGCGGAGUCCUCAAAGUCAUGCUCCGCACCGAACACGCCGGUUGCCUGAUCGAGUUCGAGUCAGCCGCUGACGCCGGCAUCGCCGCCCUCGAGCUCGACGGGCACGAAUUCGUGGAGGGCAAAAAGACUCGAGUCGUCACGCAGGAGGAGCUGAAGGGCAUGACAGCGGAGACGAAGGAUGCGCCAGCCAAGAAGAAGAAGGCGCCAGCUGGACCGGGCGGGAUGGUCCCGUCGUCAGUCGUCCGGCGGCCGGCGCAGCCUGGUGCGCGGAAGGGUGGGCAUUUGGGGCAGCGAACGGGUUUGGGAUUCGGGAAGGCCAACGCCAACGAUAGUGGUGGCGGAGGAACCGCGAAUGGCGAGGGCGGACCCAAGAAGAGUAACGAUGACUUCCGGGCGCUGCUGGAAGGGAAGAAGUGA